CCAGAAGGAACUAAAGUGGACCUUGGACAGGACGCAGUCACAGAGACACCCAACCCAGAAGCCAAGCCAAGCCGAGUCAAGCACAUCAUCUGAGCUGCUGAAAGCAUCACGCAUCAAGGCGUCAGGUCUCUCAUCACACAGGUGUGCACAGGGCAGGUUAUAAAAACAGGCUUCAUCAGGACACGCUUCCUCAGUCUAACAAGGGCCCAGCUGGUUAUCCCAGACAGAGAGAGCGAGAGAGAGAGUGAAAAAGAGAAAGAGAAAGAGAGACAACAUCGAAGUAAGAUCCGAGAGCGAGCGAGCGAGUGACCGACCGACAUCCAUCCCUCAGCAGCCAGCAGUCAUGAGCGUGUCCACGGAACAGAUGUCCAGCCUGUACGAGCAGCAGGGCUACCUGAGCGGCGUGGGUGUCCUGGACCCCACCGAGCUACGGGAGGCCCGGGAGGCCUUCGCCCAGCUGGAGAGGAAGUUCGGAACUGACUAUACCGGUUACAGUCUCCACAACGUGCACAUGCAGUACGACUGGGUGAUGGGGCUAGUCAAGCACCCCCGCGUUCUGGAGGUGGUAGGUGCCGCCCUGGGGCCAGAUGUCCUCCUCCUGGACUCCAGGUUUAUCUGUAAAUACCCCGUAACCAGGGGCAACCGAGGGGCCGAUGUCAUCUCCUGUGAGAGCGGAACGGCAGGGGAAGAGACGAACGGAGAAGAGCGGAGAGAGAAGGAGGCUGGCCUGCCCUACGUGGCCUGGCACCAGGAUAUGAGGUACUGGGGGCUCGAUGGCGGUCCAGUGUUGUCUGUGUGGCUGGCUCUGGACGACUCAUUGGAGGACAAUGGAGCUCUUCAGGUUAUUCCAGGAAGUCACUGCUCCGGGAUGCUCCCUCACCGCCAGUCUCAGCGCCCGGGUAACAUGCUGUCGGUCAACCAGGAGAUCCCAGAGGAGCUGGUGCAGACAGACAAGGCUGUACUCUGCCCCCUGCUGGCCGGGCAGAUGUCGCUGCACGAUGGCCUGCUCGUCCACGCCAGUGACCCCAACAUGUCGGACCGCAGGCGCUGUGGUUUUGUAAUUCGCUACGUCCCCACAUGUGCUUAUCCAAUUCAGGACCCUGACAGACCCAGGCGUUUCCAUGCCACCAUGCUGGUAAGCGGAACCGACCAGUAUGGACACUUCUCACACAGUGAGGAGCCACAGAUCUGAAGACUACAGCCAAUGAGGAGGAGGCAGAGGAGGAGGAGGAGAAUAUUUAUAAUACUUUAAAUUACUUUGUACUGUUGUACUCUCAACAGUACUAUAUGAUUUACUGUAAUGUACAAUAUUAUACACUUUACUGUAAUAUCUGCACAGUUUUAACAUUUUUAAGUAAAUAAUAUAUUGUGACUAAGAGGCAUGUGUAAUAUGGGGAACUGUUUGAUGAUAUGUUUGGGCUAUAUAUGUAUUUGGGAUAUAGAAUAUGUGAAGGGUUGAUUCUGAAUGUUACAUCAGUUUAAUAAAAUAUUUAACCGUA